GUUUUUUGUAACCUACUUUUUUUUAAACUGGAAAACCAAAUUUCACCGCAGAAGAAGAAGGACACCCGGAAGUGAACCUACGACAAAACGAGUGGCUGGAGGAAAAUAUCAAUAAUGGGAGUUACUUGUGUGUGCCAAGUGCCGGUGUCAGAGGGGAAGAGUGUGCAGCAGACUGUGGACGUGUUGCACAAGAAACUGGAGCAGCUGGGUGCUGUGAAACAGGGCAGCUUCUGUGUAGACUGUGAGACAUACCAUGCAACUGGAAGUGUCAGCGGUCAGCCCUCCAAGCUCUUGUACGUGAUGCACAACUCUGAAACGCCACUGAGCUGCCUGGCUCUGUUUGAGAACGGGCCCUGCCUCGUGGCCGACACUAACUUUGAUGUUCUCAUGGUGAAGCUGAAGAGCCACUUCCACAACGCAAAGGGCCACAAAGUGGAGUGUCGGGGGUCGCGAUACCGCUACUGUGACUUCUUGGUUAAGGUUGGCACCGUGACCAUGAGCUCCAGUGCCAGAGGGAUAUCAGUAGAGGUGGAGUAUUGUCCCUGUGUGGUUCCGGGGGACUGCUGGAAUCUUAUGAAGGAGUUCAUGCAGUCGUUCCUGGGCUCCAGCGUGCCAGAGCUGCCGUCUGUGUUUGCCACGAAGCCCGAAGGCAUUUUUGCACCGUCCGACUGCGUCGACACCAUGACUCAGUACCUGGAGCUUUUCAACAAACUCCGUAAACUGCAAAUCCAAAGCAGUAAUGUGCGCUGAAUUGUCA